AUGUCAUCAGGAAAGAAGCUUUUGUUAAUGGGUAGAUCUGGUUCGGGAAAGUCAUCGAUGAGAUCUAUCAUCUUUUCCAAUUAUUCAGCCUUUGAUACGAGGCGAUUGGGUGCAACCAUUGAUGUAGAACAUUCGAACUUGAGAUUUCUCAAUAAUAUGACUUUGAAUCUUUGGGAUUGCGGUGGACAGGAUAUAUUUAUGGAUAACUUUUUAAGUGGAGAUUCCUCGGGAUCCAGAAAUGGAAGCACAGGAGCCAAUUCAUCCAACAACGUGUUUAACAAAUGUGAAGUGCUCAUAUAUUUGUUUGAUGUUGAAAGUAAAGAGGUGCAAAAGGACAUAGAGACGUUUAAGCGAGUACUAGGUAACUUGAAGAAGUAUUCACCAGAAGUUAAGAUAUUCAUUCUUAUCCAUAAGAUGGACCUUAUCCAGAUAAAUAAGAGGCAGGAGUUGUUUGACUUGAUGUUCAACAAACUUAAGGCGAUUGCACAGAAGGAAUAUGGAUUUGCUAUUGAGGGUUUCGCUACGUCUAUUUGGGAUGAGAGUUUGUAUAAAGCCUGGUCGUCUAUUGUUUGCUCGCUUAUCCCGAACAUUUCUCUUUAUGAGCAGUACUUAGCAAAGUUGAAUCGUAUCAUGAAUGCACGUGAAAUAAUUCUGUUUGAGAAAACUACUUUUCUUGUGAUUUCAUCGACCAACCGAUACUCAAGCUCAUUGGCCGAAAAUAGAGAGGAGGCAAAGGAAUUACUUAAAGCUGAUGACUUGGAUCCAAAGCGAUUUGAAAAGAUAUCAAACAUCAUAAAAACAUACAAGCAAAGUGUCAAUAAAAUCAGAACGAAUUUCAGCAAUCUGGUUCUUCACGGAAGAAACUCAUCCAUUUUUUUAGACGUUCUUACAUCAAAUACAUAUAUAAUGGUUAUUAUGGAUAAUAACAACAGCAAUCACGGUUCUGGGCCGAUGGGUGUUCAAUACCAGCUGGAGGAUGAAAAUCUUGUUCUUGAGGAUAUAAAGAUUGCAAGGGAUUUGUUUGAGAAGAUUGAAGAUAAGAAAUAG